CUCCAUUUCUUUCCAUCAAUGCAAGAUUUUCUUUAAAGCCUCUCUUUACCUAAAGAAAAAGUGUAUAACGCGACGAUGACUUUGAAUUGCCUGACCUGCCGGACGAAUUCUCAAAGGGAGUUCAGUCACAGUAACGAGCGUCAAAGGAAAGCAUGCUGUAUAAUGAUUGAGAGGAACUGGUCGGGAGCGUUAGCCUCGCCGUCGCCGCCCUGGGAGGAAAUGAGAGAACCUGUAACUCCGCAGUCGGUUUCUUCUAAAAAGGUGAAGAAGGGUCAUCGCCGAUAUAAGAGUGCAGCCGUGGUGGCGAUAGAUGAAAUCAAUAAGCCUAGGUUGGUGAGAAGCGCAGGAAUGAGAAGGGAUUGGAGCUUUGAGGAUUUGAGAGAAAGGUAGGCUUUGGCAUGAGACAACUGAGGAUGAAAAUAUUGUCUUGAUUAUUAAUAUUUUGAGUUACGAAUUGUGUUGUAUAUAAUGGCUGAUGGCUAAUGGCCGCGUUCCACUUUAGUUUCUCUAUUCAUUUUAUUUAUUUAAUAUUGAUUUUUUAUUUUUUAGUACAUUGCGAUUUGGUUAUGUAAGGGUAAGCCAUGUUAGUGGAGUGGGGUGUGUUGUUCAUGAAUAUACAAUUGUUCGUAUAAUGCUAAUGAAAACCUUAAUUGAAUGUAUUAUAAUCUA